UUGCUUACGACGUAAUGGAUAAGGCACCAAAGAGUCUGCGGAACGAUGAUGAUGACAUUGUCACUCAACGUGGUUUGACUGUGAAUGACAGACCUUGUUCGAGAGUUACCGAGUAAGCUCAUAUCUCUUGGACCACGUACUAUUUCCUGCCGGACGCUCUUCCAGUGACGUAUGAAGAUGUGCAGAAAGCCAAGAGAGGCAAAGACGGAGGAGGACGCCGCAAAAGGAGAGCCUUAGAACUGAAGGGGCGCAAAUGGCAGAGGGUCCGGUGGAAGGAAGCGAGGAAUGAAGUGACGGACGCAAAGCCAAGAUCUCUUGGAUGGCGGGCACGCCGAAGGUUCAGGGAAUGGACCAGCACUUGGCUCACGAGCGCGACGCGAUUCUGCGCUCGCAGGCGAUCGACUUCCGAUGAAGCCGUAGGAGCCAUGCGUGCAAUUGUCGCCCCACCAUUCUCUCGAUGAAAUCGUCCAUCUGUCUCAUUCGGCAGCUAAUUGGCAUUCUUGUUAAUGCCGGCGGCGGGAAGUCGAACGAAGCGAAGGAGAAGCUGUGUUCGAUCGCCGAGUCUAUUUGUCGUUCCGAUCGAGGUUUAGAUGGAUGAAGAACGAUCGAGGUGUCUAUCCAGAUCGGAUUGCUCCUUCUUGAUCGUGAACUUGCUGUGGGUAUACAGCGGGCAUUGAUUUUCAGCACCUCGUCGAAGAGUGAUGGGACCAAGUCGAUCGCCGAGUCCCGGCCGAUCUUGUUGCCGCAGCUGCGACGGCAAAUCGACAUGCGGGAACCGUCGAGACAAGCGCAACCCGAGCCCCACCGCGUGCAUCGUCCCAGCUGGAAUGCCGUGCUACGGACCUUCAGGACCACCGCGGUCUCGGAGUCCUUGUUCCACGCACUUGGACUCGUGCCGAUGCGUGGGGACGAGCUCGAGGCCGCCCAGCCCGAGGAGCGCGAAUCCAUGCGACUAUCGGCUCUGCUCGGCAUCAGAAACGUACGCGGAGAAAGUUUCGAGGCCCCAUUCGAUGAUGUGCUCCGAUCCGUCCAAUCAGCGCAACCUCAGACGUCCCAAAUCUCCGGUCUCGAGGAUUUGCGCCGUCCAAGGCCCUGCAAGAAAGCCGGACAUGGAUGCGGCAGGCAUCAUCACCAAGAAUCCCGAGUAUCCCACCCCUGCAGAGCUCCACACGAUCAUCCGCCUCGAUUCCAGUCUCAAGCACCAGGGCAUUUAUCAAUUUCUCGGGCGCAUCAAAGAGCCUCCAUUUUGGGCUCGACCCGGAGACAUUAUGAUCGUGAAGAUCCCCAGGGCGCAUCUUUCUAAAGACAACGGAUACGUCGCGUUCUACACGCAGAGGCACAACGAGCAGAGAUUCCAAUUCUGCCCCGGCGACCUGCUCCUGAGGCUGGGCAAGUUCACGGACGGCAAUGUCUGGCGCUUCAAGGUCAGAUACAAGUUGUUUCUCCUGACGGACGAGCUGCGAUGGCUGCUGAUCGGCAUGGUCGACAACUUCGUCGACCUGCUCCCUCUGACGGCGCACAUGCACGACAGGGUGAACAUCGAUCGGCACUGCCGAUUCUUUGUGCCUCGUCGUGGCGAUCUCAUCGUGCAAUUACUGUCGGAAGACAACGCUUCGAAGCUGGCCUGGUUCAGCCCCAGGACCAAGGACUGUUUGAGGAAAGGGGACAUUGUAGUCAGGGCAUUCUAUGGAUCCCUCCACGAUAAGGCCGGAGGGCUCCUGUUGGAAGUCGAAGCCCAGGUCGAGAUCUACAUGUACACCGGGAUCGGAUUGAGCUGGAUCUACAUGGGCCGAGACGACUGCUGGCUCAAAGAAGGCCGUGAUAUAUUGCCAAUUCCUGGGAAUGCUGCUUGAGCUGCUUCUGCGCGAGAUUCCAGAUGCCGAGCAGCCCAACCUUCCAAGAUCGUCAUCGAAGAGCGAGAUCCGCGUCUCUUCUCGAUGAUUGUGUUUUCGCCGAUCGCGAAAUAGACGAGAAACUCCACCGGAUUCAGAUCUCGAGCUUUCGAAGACAACGCGGUGACGUUUCAUGAGAAGAAGCUGAAUGUCAAUCACGCUGAGAAUUUGAGAAUUCAUGAGAACCAUGUCGUAGAGCUUUGCUAAGCAGGGAGUCUAUUCGGGUUCCGGAUCAGGAUCAAGCAGGCGAUGAUUGCCAUCAUAGCAGCACCCGGUUGCCAGUGAGAAUUUCAACAUUUAUGGCAUUUGCCUCAUUUAGAGCCGGCUGCAGGCGGCCUGCCAUAAUUUCAUUAGCAGACAUCGCUUUCACUUUCCUGAUGAGAGAACGAGAGAAUUUAUUCCAGACUAGGGGUAACGAAAUUCACACACCGCUCCAGGCAGUGGGAAAGUGCAAAUUGUUCAGCGAUUGCAAAAGCAGUGAUUGGAAAAAUGCCCCACCCGGAGAAUGCUCCCUACUCCAAAGGCACCUCGACGUACACUUCCGACUGUAGAGGGCUCAUCCACAGCUACAGAGAUUGCUGAUGCUAUGGGAAGUCUUGCAGUAGACCGACGAGCUCAGCCAAAUCUAUGCAUAGAUUUCGAAUAUUCUGGAAAGUUUUGAGCUUGAAAAGUUGAGAUAGUCUUCUCUUGGUUACGGACCCUUCAAUGCUCGUCAUCCCUCGCCGACGUGCAUAAAGUUUUUGCAGAAAUCAUCAUGUUCCGGGCAAUUUCCAUAGGAGUUAUCUUUGUUACUUGACAGCGAGUUGGUUUACACUAUUUUAUAACUUUGAUGAAUUAAGAAGUACAAG